UUAAAGUUAUCAGUUUUGAAUUUUCUGUUACCAAAUUUUACAAAAUGGAUGUCGAAAUGCCCGAUAAAUAUGACCCCAACAUCUACAGUCAUUGGCCUGGCAAGGAACCAGAAAAACCAGAUAUAUCCGUGAAGAUCAUUCCUAGAAGUAGAUGGGAGGCGGAUCCUCCACAAGAAGCUAAGCUGGUUCCCAACACCCUCCCUGUAACAUGUGUCUACUCCACCUGGCUCUUCGGGCUGCGGGAGAUCUUCUGGGAUGAUGAGCCACAUUGCAGAAGAGCCAUUAGAAGAAUACAAAGAUUUUACAUGCGUGAAAAGUCGCAGCCUGAUACUCCAUACAGCUUUAUAAUCACAAGUGAUGGUUUAGUCUAUGAAGGGAGGGGAUGGAAAUACAAGCCAGCUGUGAAAACCAAACACUCCUGCAUAGACGUUGCUUUCGCUCCGAAAUCAGGUGUUAAGUCAGAUCGUGCUAUGAUGAUGAAAAUGAUGGACGCAGGUUUUCAGUUGGUCUAUUACGGAAUGGAAGAAGGUCUUAUUGACAAAGGCUACGUCUCUAUGAAACGAGAAGUGGACGAAGAAGAGACAUUCGCUUGGUGAUCCUAAAUUGUAUGAAUAUUGUAUUGUCUUUUUUAUAUGUGUGCAUUAUAUUUUAUGUCUAUUUUAUAUGUCUGUGAUAUUAGUGAUACUCUGAUUACCAUGCAUGUGAAGUGUCGUUUGAUGUUUGGCAAUAAAUAACCUAUAAUAUUGUGCUGUAUACUCUAACUUAAAUUAAUAAAUAAAUUUUUAAGUUUGGGUAGAGUUUUAAGGUAAAUUA